AUGGGAGCAUUUUGCAAGGCGAUCGAUGCGGUUCUCCUUUUAUACUUUGCUGCUAUGGUGCUCGUUGCGCCGCUCAUCGACGGCCAAUUGGCUCUUCCCGCCGCCGUUUACCCGGCGUUCCUCACCGAUCUGAAUCGCUGGUACGUCGCCGACUUUGGAGAUUAUCUGGUCAAGGAAAAGCCGCAUUUCGUCGUCGGAUUAAUCUGGCACGAGCUCGUGCUUCUCUGGCCGAUCUCGAUCGCCAACGUCUACGCAAUCCUCACCGGGAAAUCGUGGUUCAGCACAACAUCCAUGGUGUACGGAGCUUCCGUCGUGACUUCCAUGGCUGCUAUACUUGCAGAGCUGAUAGGUUCAGGGAGAGCAUCAGAGAAACAGUUGAUGAUGUAUGUACCUUUCAUGGGAUUUGGUAUUCUAUCUCUUCUUCGAGGUCUUCUUUCUCAGUCCGAUGGAUCCAGUGGCAAGAGACCAAUUGUUUUAGCCAGGAGAAAGCGUGCUUAA